AUGAAGAUAUCGAAAGUAUUAAUUUUAUUAUCAUUCAUACUAGGUAUAUAUGCUAAUAAUUGUACUGAUAUCAACCUAAUACCAAACGAUGAGAGAUGUAACUACAUAAAAUCCAAUUAUUCUUGUUUCGAUAUAUAUUCAAAAUUAUAUUAUUGUAAUAUAAAUUCAGUAUUACCAUUUAGUAUUUAUUUAAUAGUUCAGUUUAUUACACUUGGUAUAAUAUCUUCAGAAUAUCUAUGUCCUAAUUUAUACGUUAUAUCCAAAAACUAUCUUAAAAUUAAUGACAAUAUGACAGGAAUCACUUUAUUGGCAUUUGGAAAUAGCAGUCCAGAUAUAUUUAGUUCAUAUGAAUCAAUUAGACAAAAUCAUUUAAAUUUGGCAAUUUCUGAAUUAGUUGGUGCUAGUUUAUUUAUUACUACUGUUGUAAUUGGAUCGAUUGCAAUUUUAAAGUCGUUUCACAUUACUAAGAAUUUAUUUUUUAGAGAUAUGAUCAUGUACAUUACAAUAAUUGCAUUGCUAAUCUUCACGAUAUUAUUGAAACAACUAAGUUGGUUUAUUUGUCUUGGAUUAAUUGGUCUAUAUAUAACAUAUGUAUCCAUUGUUGUAUAUUCACAUAAUUUACAAAAAAGGAGAUUAGUUGAAUUGAUAAGAGAUCAAAGGUCAAGAAGUAAUUAUUUAGAUGUUGGUCAUUUGGUAAUUAAUAAUGAAUAUAAUGACGAUUUGAUGAAUUUACCUACUAUUGAUGAUAUUGAUUUACAUGAUGAUCCUGAUAAUUUGAAAAAUGAUGUAUCCAGUUUUGGAAUCAAAAUGUUACUUAAGGAAUUACAGAGACAUUCUAAUUUAGGAAGAAUCCAAUUACCAGAGGAAGAAAUUGAAGAAGAAAGUAUAGAAAUACCAGAUGCUAAAUCACAAGAGCUAUUUUAUCUUAUAUUUCCCCAAUUUUAUAAAUUCAAUAAAUUGUCAAAAUGGGAUAAAUGUUACAAUAUAAUAACGUCACCAAUAGUUACAAUUUUAAAUUUGACUACUCCUGUAAUUGAUGAAACCAAAUUGAGUCAAGUAAUUCAAGAUUCAAAAUCGACGAAUUCAAUAUUAAACUACGAAAAUGAGAAAAAAUUACUUUUAAUUCAAACUGGGCUUGGAGGUUUAUUACUUUUAUCUACAUUUUCAAUAUUCAUUAAUAUAUUAAUCACAUUUGUAUUAGUAGGAUUAAUAUUCACAUUUUAUCCCAAUCUUAAUUCAACUCAAUUCCAAUCUAGAAUCAAAUAUGUCACUUAUUUUCAAUCGAUUAUGGGUUUUCUAUUAUCAAUUAAAUGGAUCGCAUUGAUUGCUAAUGAAAUAGUAUCACUAUUACAAUUAAUAUCUUCUAUAUUUAAUAUCAAUGAUGAUUUAUUAGGUAUUACGAUAUUUGCAUUAGGUAAUUCCAUUGGUGAUUUUAUUUCAAACGUUACAAUUGCUUAUAAGUUCAAUAUGCCUUUAAUUGCAUUUAGUGCUUGUUUUGGUGGUCCCCUUAUGGCUAUUUGUUCAAUUGGUGCAAGUGGUUUACUUGUAAAUUUAAAAAAUAAUGAAUUAAAAGUGACUAAUACGUUGUUAAUUAGUUCUUUUGGAUUAUUGACUAAUUUGACAUUGUUGAUGUUUUUAAUACCUAGAAAUAAUUGGAGUUUGGAUAGAAGGAUUGGGGUGAUAUUGAUUGGAAAUUAUUUAUUGAUAUGUACAUUAUGUAUACUAGCUGAACUUUAA